AUGUCCCAUGCGACGAUAUCAAGCAAAGGUCCAUCGACCGUUGAUUGUGAAGUCCUAACGGACAUUCAUACUCAAUCUAAUCUAGCUGAAGUCGAAGUUGUUAGUCUUGUUCAGGAAUUAAUUCCCCGUUAUCGUUUGCGUGCUGAAACUGAUUUUGCUUGUUCGAACGAAGAUUUCAUCCAAACACCGCGUAUCGACGGUUCCGAGUUCGAACCGCUAACCAACGAGCAAAUUCGUGCACUUCUCGAUUAUUACGGAUCAUCAAGCAAUCGAAUCAGUCAAAUGACGAAAACAUAUCAUGAUCUAAGCGCCGUCACUCGCAUGUUAGAGGAUCGCGAGAAUGAUCUACAAAUGGCAGUGACGUUAGGUCAGACAUUACUGGAAAGUAAUGGUUCAUUACGUAAUCAAGUCACGCUACUCGAACAUGAUAUUGAGCAGACAACGGAAAUCGUUAAACAGCUGAAACAUGAUUUGCUUUUGAAGGAACGUUUGAUUCGAUUUUAUACAGAUAUGGAUCAGGAGACUUCACCAACAGAAGCAAAUCCAUUCGAUUCUCACCAUUAUGAACAAAAGAUUCGAAAUCUUGAAUACGAAAACCAAGAACUACGAGCUGAAACUAUACAAUUGAAAGUCGAUGCAGAGAAUUACGAACAACAGGAACAAGCGAUUGUUGAUCAUUUCGCUAAUGCUUUAUCGCAUGCCAAUGCGGAUAUUGAAACUUUACAAGAAGUAAUUGUGAAGAAGACCGAUGAAAAUAAUAAGCAGCAAGAUGAACUUGUUCGUCUAUCUUAUGAAAUGCGUGAAAUUCAUCGUCGUUUAACGGAAUUGAAGAAAGAAAAUGAAGAAUUGAAACUACUUCUCUCAUUAGCAGGCAAAACUCGACAUGAAUACGAAAAUAAAAUUGAAGAUCUGGAGAAAAAUUACAGUGAAUGUAUGUCAAAACUUCACAAAUCUCAAGAAGAAAUCAACUUCCUUCAAAAGAACUUGAUAAUCAAUUCCCCUACAUCUCCUAUGUGCGAUACGAAUGCAAAUAAUCGUACCGUUUUUCUUUCACCAGUCGAAUACGCAAACUUCAUGAGCUUGGAAAACUCAUUAAAGUCAGAACUCGAGGAAAUUCUAGAAGAUCCUCAUCAGCUCUGUCAUUCGACCAUCAAGACAGGUCGCAGAUCAACUCGACGUCGUCGGCUAAAGCGAGGUCAAAGCGAUACCGACGGCGAAUCAUCAAUGAAUGAUUCGGCUUUCAGUGACAGCGAAAGUUUAAGCAGCGCUUCAUCAUGCCGUUUUUGUCAGCGAUCUUCACCCAUUCCUAUAGAUGAAUCGAAAUCUGCUUCGGCAAGUAGUGAUCGAAGAAUGCCAGUGGAAAUUUCGUCAAGGUUGAGAUUGGUAAAAAGAUUAGAAGGAUCCAAUAUGUUGAAGCGAUGGCAAGAAUUAGCUGAACCAAGUUUUUCGUCGUGCCUUCAAUCUAUUCCUGGUGUUUAUACGCGUGCUGAAAUUUUACAUGAAGUUGAUGAAACCGAUGAAGACGGUUCAGUCACACCGGAAAAUGAAUCAGAAGAACGACUGUCAAUAAGUGUCGAAAAGAAUUCACCUGAAAUGCCUCGUCAUCUUCAACAUACAUCGACACGUCGAAUGAAUUUAGUCGAACUGUUAAAGAAAGAAGGUUUAACAGCGCGUACAUUAAAUUCAUCGCAUGCGUUGUCUGAGUUUGAAAAAACCUUUCUAACUUGUUCAUUACCCUCUCGUUUCCAUCGAUCUACAACAACAAACGUUCCUGACCCCGAUGAAUCUGACGACGACGAUGGCCUUGACGAACCAGCAACACCACCUUCAUCUCCCACCCACGAUGCUCAGCUUCAAACAAGUGUGCUUCUUCAUCAAGCGAUGCAACGUUUGGUUAAACUAUCUUUACACACCUUCGAAACACUGACAACUUCUUUUACUCCGACGAAAGAUCAUCAUCAUGAGAGUGAAUGUAACGAAACUGCACAACGACUGCGAACGAUAAGCACAAUCACUCCGCCAUCAUCACCUACAUUCAGUGGUCUCGUCCCACCCACGCCGAACACAGCAAUACAUGCAAUCAAAACAAGUACUUUUCUACGUGCUUCAUCAUUAAAUCCAUUUACUAAGAAAUCAAUAUCUCAAGCAUUUCCGACGAUUUCACCUGGUGAAACACCAUCGAUCGUCGACGAUCUCAUCAGAGGUCAUCUUCCACGUUUAUAA